CGAGGGGGUGGGGCGGCGGUCACCGCUUCUGCUCUGCAACGCAAAGGGCCUAGGGAGUUCUCGGUCGGUUCAGGUCAAUGGAGAACAAGCUGCGGUAUGGGCUGCUUGCAAAUCACGGGGUUCUAGUCAUAAAACUAGACCCCACGGCUAUCAUGCCAUUUCUAGUAUCUGAAGGACUACUGAGCCUUGACGAAAAGCAAGUCAUCGACAGUACGAAGGCGACAGGAGGUGAAAAGACGGAUGGUCUCCUUACCAUUAUACACAGGAGGGCGGUAGCGGACGACGGCAUUUACGAACGAUUCUUGAAAGUCCUCGACGAUGAGUUUCUCUCUGGUGGCCAGUAUUUGCAUGAGUUAGUCUCCAAGGUUUAUGACGAUUCUUCAAGUCCUGGCGUCCUUGAAAGGUAUCACGUUCAACCUGGCCACCUCGAUCCCAACCAGAAAGCAGCUAUUCUGUCUAACGAAGAGGCACUUGUGUCCAGCCUCAAUGUGGAUGAUGUGUUGGCCGAUAUGGUUAGCCUUGGAGUACUGAGUUUGGACGAGAAUGAGGUGAUAAGAUCAGGUGCUACGUUCCGUGAUAGAGCACGGCGACUAGUGCAAAUAAUCUACAGAAAAUCCUCCCAGCAGUUUGUGCAUUUUGUUCAGACUCUUGUGGCACAUGACGUUUACUCCGCGCUUGGGCAAAGAUUGCUGAUGGUAGGGGAAACUAACAAGGGGUUUGAAGCCGCAUCACAGGGAGAAUGUGAUCGAAAAUACGUUGCUGAGGUUCUUAAACGUGGCCAUGUUCCACCGAGACACAGUGUGUUUGUUGACCGUCCAGACAUGAUACAGUCCAUUCGUUCACAGCUUUCUCAGCUAAAAGAAACUGAUGGUUGGGUAGUAGUCCACGGGAUGGCAGGGUUUGGGAAGACAAUUCUUGCAGCUGAAGCCAUUCGUCAUGCAAGUCUGCUGCGAGAUGUUUUCCCAGGGGGUGUCCACUGGCUUCCUGUAGGGCAGAUGGUCACGAAAGAUGGAGAUAUAGAUCAAGCCAAGUUACUGACUCGUUUACAAAACCUCAUUGUGCGACUGGAUGAUGAAGUUGCUCGUCCUCCCAACCUUGAAGCUGCUACCAACACAUUGCAGAAGAUUCUCUCUGAAAAGUAUCCCAGGUGUCUCUUGGUCCUUGAUGACAUUUGGAGUCCCGAAGUUGCACUUGCCUUCUCAGUACGCUGUUGUACAAUGGUAACCUCAAGAAAUUCAGCGGUUGCCAGCAUGGUGCAAGCCCCAAUUGUAUCUUCAAUGGAAAUCAGCACAGGAUUCUCAGAAGAAGAGGGGAAACUUCUGCUAGCUCAGUGGCUAAACCGACGACCCAGUCAAUUGCCAAAAGAGGCAGAUUCUGUCAUUGAAUGCUGUAGGGGUUCACCCAUGGUGAUUGCACUCAUUGGUGCCAUUUUGAAGAAAAACCCCGACAGUGAGCGAAAGUGGAAGUUGAUUGUUGAAAAGCUAAAAAAGAAGCACUUUCAUUCGAUCAAGCUACAUGCACCUGUCAAUGAGUGGAGCUAUCAACAUGCUACUCUCAAUGCCUCUAUAGAAUUGAGCGUAGAGAAUCUCCCUCCUCGCCUACAGGAAUUGUUUGAGAUGUUUGUUGUGUUUGACUACAACACACUUGUGUCAUCCAGAGCUCUGGAGGUUAUCUGGAACAAGGAUAGCCUUGAAACUGAGGAACUGUUGAUGGAGUUGGUAGGACUCUCUCUAGUCCAAAAGGCUCCUCCAAGUGAUGACAAUUCUGAAUACAUAGUAUUUGUUGUGCACGACAUUGUCCUGGACUACCUGCAGCAGCACAUCCAGCCAGAAAAGCAGGUUGAGCACCAUUCAACUGUUGUCAAACGCUACACUGAGUGUGAAGGUGCCUACGCACAUUUGCCUGAUGAUGGAUAUGUGUACCAAAAACUGAUUGGGCACAUUGCAGCUUCAGGGGACUCUUAUCUGCUGGGGAAUUUACUGAGUCAGCUGUCAUGGAUAAUGACCACAGCUAAGAGUGGCAAUGCUAUGUCUUUACUAGCCGAUUACCGCUUAUACAAGUCGAAAAUCCCACAGCAGUUUCAGUCUGGUGUUCAGCAGUUUGAGUUUUUUGUAAGUGGCCACAUGGAUAUUCUGGCAAACGAUCCAUCAGAUGACGAAGUUAUACAACAAGCCCUUAUGCAACCUAGUGCAAGUGAAGUCUUUGUUCAAGCCAGUGCUAAGAUCCAUGGAGACAAAAGAAAGUCAUGGUUCAAUUGGAGUAACAAGGAAUCUGAUCCAGAAAAGUAUGUGCUGAAAUUGAGGGUGCACCGAGCAGGGGUUAAAAAGUGUCAGUACUCUAGAGAUGGUGGAAAAGUCGUUUCCUGCUCCCAUGACUGUGGAGUGAAGGUAUAUACUGCUACAGAAAAUCCACGCUUGAAAACUUACAGUAUCACUGGUUGUUAUUGCUAGGCUAAACCCUAGUUCAAAAUCUAACAUACUCGUACUGUGGCGAGUUACAUACUGGUAGCAUGCAGUAUAGUUGAGGUAUAUACAUAUCAAGUAACUAUAGAAAAAAGUAAUGCCGUGCAUUUUUCGGUAGUGAACGUUAGAGUCAUACAAUUGCAGAAUUUAGAUUCCAUCUUUUGUACAGACAUUAUAGUAUGUCCGACAAUAGGUUGGUGAAGCAUCUGGACGAGGGCAAAGCAUUGCAUGAGGGCCAGGCUGGUUUUAGGGUUGGAAGGGGUUGUGUUGAUAAUAACUAUACGCUGAAUGAACUCGUGCAGGGUAGGCUAAAGGAAGGGAAGGAGACAUAUGCAUUCUUUCUAGAUGUGCAGAAGGCAUACGAUAGUGUGUGGCAUAACGGCCUGUGGUUUAAGUUGUGGGAAUUUGGGGUAAGAGGGAAGAUGUGGAGGGUCAUAAAGAAGAUGUACGAGUAUUCAAAGAGUGCUGUAUUAUUGGAUGG